CUGCUCUCCCACACCAGCAGCAUCUGUGGAGCAUCCUGGGAGACUGGUCACGGGGCCUGGGUCCUCAGUCCGGCUCAUUAGUCAGCCAUUUUGGUCAACACCCUGCUUGCUGAGCACAGCCAAUCCUGUUGGAACUCAGCAUCCUGGCUCAUCGGAGCAGAGCCUGGAAGUGAUUUCUCCAGUCUCGGAUUUUUUUUUUAAAGCUAAUUGAAAAUACAGGUUUAUUUUUCAUUCAUUUUCCCCCCCUUUGGUGUUUUUUUUUUUUUUUCCUGCAUGAAAAAAGAGGAUUUUUUUACUUAUUCAUGCUGAGGCCAGUUUUUUAAAGCCAGCUAAGGCAGCGUCGGCUGUGCUGGACUGAAAGCUCUGCUGAGAGAAAGGGUAGGGAAGGGAAGGUAGAGGAAGAGGACAUUGGGAGAAGACCAUCAUCUUGUUUUGCUGCAUGGUAGGAACUGUCAGUGAGGAAAGAUAGUGUAGAAUUGUCUCUCUUGAGAACUUGCAUCCAUAAAGUGUUUUGCUUUGUGGUGUAUUUAAACCUCCCCACCCUUUUUCCUGAAAGCUUUGUUUCAGAGCUUCAGAAAUUUUUGGAAUUUAUUUAUUUAUUUAUUUAUUUUGGGGUGUGUGUGAGUGAGUGAGGAAAUCUUAUUUUGUGUGUGUGUGUGUGUGUGUGUGUGUGUGUGUGUGUGUGUGUGUUGUGGUCCCAGCUGAGUCAUCAUGUCUGCUCUGACGCCUCCCACCGAUAUGCCAACCCCCACCACUGACAAGAUCACACAGGCUGCCAUGGAGACCAUCUACCUUUGCAAAUUCCGAGUGUCAAUGGAUGGAGAAUGGCUCUGUCUGCGAGAGCUGGAUGACAUCUCACUCACACCUGACCCAGAGCCUACCCACGAAGACUCUUGGGAGGAUUUGACAGAUUUGGUGGAGCAAAUGCGCGAUGAUCCCGAAGACCCUAAUUAUCUCAUGGCUAAUGAGCGCAUGAACCUGAUGAACAUGGCCAAGCUGAGUAUCAAGGGCUUGAUUGAAUCAGCUCUGAACCUGGGCAGGACUCUGGACUCUGACUACGCUCCCCUCCAGCAGUUCUUCGUGGUGAUGGAACACUGUCUGAAGCACGGUUUGAGAGCCAAGAAAACUUUUCUUGGACAAAAUAAAUCCUUCUGGGGACCUCUAGAACUCGUAGAAAAACUUGUUCCAGAAGCUGCAGAGAUAACAGCAAGUGUUAAAGAUCUUCCAGGACUGAAGACACCAGUAGGCAGAGGAAGAGCCUGGCUUCGUUUGGCAUUAAUGCAAAAGAAACUUUCAGAAUAUAUGAAAGCUCUAAUCAAUAAAAAGGAACUUCUCAGUGAGUUCUAUGAACCAAAUGCUCUCAUGAUGGAGGAGGAAGGAGCUAUAAUUGCUGGCCUGUUGGUGGGGCUGAAUGUCAUUGAUGCUAAUUUUUGCAUGAAAGGAGAAGAUCUGGACUCUCAGGUUGGAGUUAUCGACUUUUCCAUGUAUCUCAAGGAUGGGAACAGCAGUAAAGGUAGUGAAGGGGAUGGCCAGAUUACUGCAAUUCUGGACCAGAAGAACUAUGUGGAAGAACUCAACAGACAUCUGAAUGCUACAGUGAAUAACCUUCAGGCAAAAGUAGAUGCAUUAGAAAAAUCCAACACUAAACUGACAGAGGAGCUUGCAGUUGCAAACAACAGGAUUAUUACCUUACAAGAAGAAAUGGAACGUGUUAAAGAAGAAAGCGCCUACAUAUUGGAAUCAAAUCGCAAGGGUCCUAAGCAAGACAGAACUGCCGAAGGGCAAGCACUGAGUGAAGCAAGAAAACAUUUAAAGGAGGAGACACAGUUACGAUUGGAUGUGGAGAAGGAGCUGGAGCUCCAGAUUGGCAUGCGGCAAGAGAUGGAACUGGCCAUGAAGAUGCUGGAGAAGGACGUCUGCGAGAAGCAAGAGGCGCUGGUAUCUCUGAGGCAGCAGCUGGACGACCUCAGGGCCCUCAAGCACGAACUGGCCUUUAAGCUGCAGAGUUCAGACUUAGGAGUAAAACAGAAAAGUGAAUUAAACAGUCGUUUGGAAGAGAAGACUAAUCAGAUGGCUGCUACCAUUAAACAACUGGAACAAAGUGAAAAAGAUCUGGUGAAACAGGCAAAGACCUUAAAUAGUGCAGCAAAUAAAUUGAUCCCAAAACAUCAUUAGGCAUUUAUAUAGUUAGUCACCUCACAAGUCUCGUAUUCCAAGUUAACUGUAAAAGGAAGAAAUCUGAAAGUUAUUACAUUUAAGCUCUGGUUCUAUAUAAAAUGUCACCAAAAGUUGGCUUUGAAUUUGUUGGAUUUUUAAAAACAGUUGGAUAUGUAGGUUGGGUUUUUUAUAUUACUUUCUUCCCAGAGUUAGGAAAUUUGUAUAAAUUCCAAAGUAAAUGCAAAAUAAACUUAAAUUAUCUCUGAGUUGAUUAAUAAGUAAAACAAUUAAAAAACGUAAAGAAUUGAAGCUCUGUACAUACACUGACACUGCCUUUAUGACCCAGGCCUUGACAUUACCGACUCUUGGGCCCGGUCCACGCCCACACCUGCAUCAGCAAGCCUGUCCUGCGCUGCCAUGGAGGGGCUGUGAGGGACGCUGCGCGAGCUGGACUCUGAGGCAGUUCUGUCUUAGGCUACCACCCCUUUUCACGUUUGUUAUGUAGGUUAAGUCCCCAAGCCAAGAAUAAGUACUUAGUACAGUAUUCCAUUACAGUUAUAUUCUUAAUUACCCAAGUUGCUUGAAACAUUUUUGCCUUAGUAACUGAACAAAAGAAAAACAGCAUCCUUACACUUUACAGUACAUAGAGAUAAAGUUAGUGAUUAGGUAACUUAGACAAUAUCAUGCAGAAGCUUGAGGAAACCCUCCUGAUAUUUGGCAUCUUCCAGCUUGGCCCUUUUUCUGGUAUUCCAAUUCCAGUUAAGCAGCUCAGAGCAAACAGUUUUAAUAAAAACAUUCCUAUUAAAAAUGCUCUGUACACUUUUCAAAUCUGUUCUGCUUUUCUUACUGGCAAGGAGGACAACAUGGAGAUGAAUAAUGAUUCCUGUCUGUCGUUUCUUUACCUAGAGAUAUUCACUGCUUCUGUUACUUUCUGUUUAAAUGAGGGUUUGCUGCAGCUUCUCGGAAACUAAUAAUUGAGUUAUUAGCAAACAUUUCAGUAGGAAACAGAUAAAGAAUAAACUUACAUUUUUUAUUAUUUACUAUAGAAAAUAAAGAUUCCCAGUAGAUAUACACAAGCAAUAUUAGCAGGGCUUCUUUUUCUACAUGACCACAGGUCUAACCCUUUGUGGAUUUACACUGUAAAUAAUCCUAUUAACACUGAUUUUUUUAAUGAUUUUUUUUUUAUUUGUGGAAAUAGGAUUUUUACAUAAGCCUUCAUUUUUGCAAAAGGUCUUGACAAAAUGUUUGAGAUUUUUGUUGUUUUUUUCUUUUUUCUCUUUCCAGUAUGAUUUGCAGCAUUUUUAGCUGCAGAAGUGGGGACAAAAUAAUUCAUUUGCUUCCAUCUCCUGUUUAUUCCUGACAAAACCAGAAUCAGGAGAGUAAGAUAGGUUUUGUGUAUGUCUUUUUUUUUAGGUCCUUGCAUAAACUUGUACCAAAAUCAAGUCAAAUAAUAUAUGUUAGAACAGAUAUCAUGGAAGGUCCUAUGCUCUUGAACAACAUGUUUUAGUUCUAUUAAUUUUGUACCAAUAUAAAUAAAACUCUUACUCCAUUCUUUAUCUAACUUUUGCAGUGAGUCGCCUUUUCUAUGAGCAUUUGGAAGGAGUGAUCAAACGCCAAAUAAAGACUAUGCAUAGCAUGCAUCUGAUUCUACUAUAGAAAAGCCCCAAACAUGACUCUUUAUAGGUGCACAGCUAUAAAAUGUUUAAAAGAAGCAUCCCUCAGAACCUUCCAGGGAACGUGACAGGAGCCUUCUGGAGGCUUCAUGCUGAGCUCUUUGUUCAGUUGCUCACACACCAUUUGGCAGGAAUGCAAAGAAAAGAGGCAGCCAAAUUCUAACAAAUUCUCUUCAUGUACAGUAACCUGAGGCCUGGGUAAGGGCUAAUGUAUAAUUCUAGUGAUUAAAAAAAAAAAUGUCAAGAAGGUAGUUACCCAUAUGCACAUUCCAGCUGUAUGUGUAAAACAGAAAUGUAAAGUCCCAGACCGUUAGGAAGUGAAAGCAAACAAGUGGAUUAAAUUCCAAUUACUAUGUACUUGAGGUUGGCUUUGGAUAUGGAUUUGCUAACAAGUGGUGUUUUAUUGUUUUUCAUCUAAUGGCUGUAAACUGUAGUACUAGAAUAAAAAAAGUGGAAAAUCAGCUUUUCCUCUGCCUGGUUCACCUUCAUCUUGCUUUUUUUGUUGUUGUUUUUUCCUUUAGAAUUCGUUUCUUUUCCAUCUUUUUCCCUCCUGAUUUCUUUCUUUGUGUCCUCCGAAGUACCUCCCCUCUGUCUCUCCGUGCCUUCUUCCUUGGGUUGUUUUAUUUUGUGUUGUGAACUUGUUCUCCCCCACCGUGGCUUUUGUUUUAUCAUGAGUUCAUAUGGCUCAC